AUGUAUUGCUAGAGGUUCAUGGAGCCAGGGAAAAUCCAUUACAGUACAUUUACUUUUUCGACUGAAUUGCGUUUGGCUCUUUCCUAUUUUUUGGAAUACUUUGAAGAGUCGACUCUAAGAACUUCGACACUCAGAGUCACCGGCCAAGAGUCGGCCCUCACACUUAGACGCGUCGGAGUUCAAAGAAUCGACUCUUUUGGAAUCGACUCUCCAUCAGUUGUGUUCGAAGAAGAUAAAAGCUGUGCGGCUGUGGCGAGCGAAUGAACUCAGAAAGGAAGGGCUAUUGCAUUCGUUUGAUAUUAAUGUGAACGCAUUUCCAUAUCGUCACUCUUUUUGUCAUCUCUCUCCCCCAAACACCAAAACGGAAACGUUGCCUUGAGUUUUGACGUCAGUGGAAUUUCCCACCACAGCUCGGUCUGCUUCUGCGCAGCUGUAUCCAAGACAAAACAUUCGCAGACCCGUUUUAUUUCUAUUUGACCGACGACUGAUUUGACAUAUUGUAUAUUUUGUCUGCUCAGACAGCCGUUAUUUCCCGCCUGGUGUUGUAUAGUCUCACUGUAGAGACCCUGAAACCGUAUAGGCAGCAGGAAGCUGACGUCAGCUUCUACUCACCAGCUUCUUACUGGAAUUCUUCCGUUCCACCUUAAAUGGGGCAGCAGUGACAAUUGCUGCACCAUUUAAAGUGGAACGGGAAAAUUCGAACAAGAAAGCGGUCGAACAGGAAGCCAGCUUACCGUGAAGGUCGUGUAGCGUCUACCCUGUUUAUAACAGUGCAAAGAAUGUUGGCUUUUGCUGAAAAAGCAGCACUUCUGUGUAGAGUAACUGACAGGGUUGCCAGAUUGGUCCUGUUUAGCCAUUUGCGUCCGUUAAGCUGAGGUCGAAUUUUCCCUUUCCACUUUAAAAUUCUGCACCAUUUAAGGUGGAACGGGAAACGGCGAACAAGAAGCUGGAGAAUUGUAGGGUACAGCAUAUACGUUCGUUACGGUAGCCGCUCCGCCUACUGUGAAUUUCCCCAAGUUUCAUUUUGUCAACAAUAAUAACCCACAUUCACGGCGAGCACGACGUGUUUUUAACUCGAUGGAGCAGGAAGUUGUACAAAGCUGUUAAAAAUUUAUAACAGGCGUAACAUCGGGGCCGUUUGGGUGCUAAUCGGACAGGGGUGAACUUUGGUGUCUUACAUACGGAAUAAGGUUACCCGAGUAAGUGUGGAAGACGCGACCAACGACUGUAAUCGAAACUUAAAAAGCCAGCAGGUGAAGGGAGCUGAAGUGACCAUGUAAGUGUUGACCAUCGUCGUCUACAGUCCUGCUUUGUCAUGGCCCUGUCAGCUGUCCCAGGAUUGGGGGUAAAGAUAGAAGGAGAGCAGCAGAUGGAGGACGAAUUCACCUGUCCUGGUGUGCUGCGAGGUUGUCUGCUGGACCUGAAAAAUACAGUGGAGCGAGUGUUCAGGGUGAUCUUAACAAUAGGUGGGGAAGAAGAUGCAUAUACAUCUCAGGAUGGACAGAUCUGGCUGCAGCUGAAAGGAAGAAAAAUAGACAUGGAGGCAGCAAAGCUUUUUGUAAAAGGUGUUGUGAACCAGGAGGCUCAAAACGAAGUCCAAUAUCCAAAGAACCUUCACUGUGUGUUCUGUGGUGCCAGGGGGUUGUUCGUUGACUGCCUGAUCAGAAUUACCUCAGCACAUAUAAAGGUGGGCUCUGUGGGUUGUCUCCUCAUCUUUGGCUUGGCUGAGCCUGUUGUGAAGGCCUACUCUCUCAUUACAGGCCUGGCAUAUAAGUACCGGAACAGCCAGUUAGAGCCUAUUGAUAUAGCAAGCGAGUCCCUGGAUUCACGCCGGACCUUCAAGUCACUGGUGGAGAGGCCAGAGGACAGUUACACCCUGGAUCUGCUGGCACUGCCAGUUGUGGUUAAAGAGGCUCUUCUGGACUUGUUUAAGCAGUCAGGAGUGGGCUCAAGCACUCUGGAUAGUGCAGCAGUUUCAGCAGGCAGCAGAACACUACUGGAACUGCAGGAGAACAUAGAUAGACUAAUGCAUAGAAAAUCUACAGAGCAUAGAACACCUGAUGUUCUAGGUAAACAAAAUGGAACAUAUCUGUCACAUACCCCUCGAUCAGAUUUUUCACCCAAAUCCCAGAAUUAUUACAUCAAAAAUAAGGAAGAGCAGCCUAGAGAAGAAAAAGGCUUAAGUGGAACAUCUCACAGUCAGUUCUUGCACUGUUCAGUAGGUGUAUCCCAGCACACAGAGGAGCAACAAGAGUCAGAACAGCAGGAGGAGUACCUGCUGUCUACUGGAAGCAAACAGGAACAUGAGCACCUCCUUAAAUUCUUCACUGCAAUGGGCUACGAUGAACAACUUGUGUGCAGGGUUCUAACCCGUACAGGACCAAGAGAGCCCUCUCAGGUCCUAGACUUAAUCCAGCAAGAGCAAGACAUCUCUGGUAUUCAAAUAGAACACAGCAAUGCCAGAGUCCUAGCUCAGGAGGCCUUGCCUGGCUUGACCAAGGAGGCAAGUCAAGGACUUGAGCCCUCUGUGGACUUUAACUUGAUCAAGCAAAAGCAAGAAAAAUCUGGGAUUCCGAUAGAGCACAGCAAUGCCAGAGUCCUAGAUCAGGAGGCCUUGCCUGGCAUAACCAGGGAGGCAGGUGUGGGUGUGAAUGGGGCUUCAGGAACAAAAGAGGACGACUUUGUCCUUGGAGUGGUGAAAAAGGCAGCGGCCAGCUGUGGGUACACAGAGGAAAAUGUGGCUGAGGUUUACAGCACCCGCCCUCAACUGACACCACAUGAGCUGAUCCAUGAACUGCAGAGAAUGGGCAUGAGAGACCCUGAGAAUAGAGGAGACGAUGAAAGAAAGAGAGCGGUAAAAACGGAAGAGCAGCAAAGAAAAGCAGCACCUUCCCACAAGCUGAGGGAGACAGAUUUCAAGGAAGAGAAUCAAGUCGAUUGGAAGAGUGAAGUGACAAAGACGGAAAAGCCUGAGAACAAUAGAGGAAUAAGUCUAAGUGAAAAGUCAACCAAGACGGAGGUAGUGCAAGUAGAUGUAAGAGAAAGGACCAGUGCAGAGCCAAGAAUUCAAGGACCUUUAAUGCAAACGGACACUGUGGACUGGUCCGUCAAACCAGCACGUCCUUCAACUUUUCACAGCCAAACAAUUCAAACCUUCCGUCAUUCUAUUCGAGGACCACCUCAGCCUUCCUACCCCCUAUCACCAGUGCAUCCCAUUGUCUCAGAACAGCAAAUAAAUGCUCAGAUGGAGAACCCAGCCAACAGGCCUAAAUACAAACAUGGACCUCCACCAAGCAAAACAGGGGCGGUUGUCACAGGAUCACAGCGCUUCUUGGAAAGCUUGGAGAAGCCCUUUGACCUGCAGCUCACUAAUACCUCUGGUGACUCAGGGUUACGACAGAUCAUCAUUGAUGGGAGCAAUGUGGCCAUGAGUCAUGGCUUGGGGAUGUUUUUCUCCUGUCGAGGCAUCGCUCUGGCUGUGGAGUACUUCUGGAACCGAGGGCAUCGCGAAAUUACAGUGCUUGUUCCCCAGUGGAGACAGAAGAAAGACCCAAAGAUAAAAGAGCAGCAAUUUCUGACACAACUGCAGGAUCUUCGUCUCCUGUCCUUUACCCCCUCUAGAGAGGUUAUGGGACAGAGGAUAAACUCCUAUGAUGACAGAAUGAUGCUGCAGUUUGCACAGCAGACAGAUGGAGUGAUUGUAACCAAUGACAAUAUGAGAGACCUCGUGGAGGAGUCAGGUGCAUGGAAGGAAAUCAUCAAGAAAAGGUUGCUGCAGUAUUUGUUUGCGGGGGACCUCUUUAUGGUACCAGAUGAUCCGCUCGGCAGAGGUGGACCUCACCUCAAUGACUUCUUACGAAAGCAGAACAGCUCCCCAGCUCUGGGCAGUCACUCGUUUGCGGGUGUGGCCUCCUCCUGUUCACUAGCCUCCCCUCCUCGUGCUCAUACAGAGGUUCUACAGUACCGCGAGCUGACAACAGGGGGCACCAGUAGACCUAAAAAGUCAGGCCGGGCUCCACCAAAGGGUGAGGAGAAGGCGAACAGGUCAGCAGAGGAGACACUUAGGCUGAAACAGAAAUUGGUGCAUAUUUUUCCUGGACAGGACAGCGUAGUAAUGAUGACCCUGCAGUGCCACCCAACUAUCACCGAUAUCAAUGACCUGUCUACCUUCAUCCUCGAACAACAAGAAGGUAUAAAUGAUUAACAGAAGCAUGUGCGUACAUUCUCUCAGGAAGAGCUAGAACAGCAGUCUGCAAGUACAUGCACUUCCACAGGCAUUUUAGUGCCCCUGACAUAGAUCGACAUUUUCAUGGAAUAUGAUCAAAAUAUAAUCUAUUACAUUUUUUUAUACAAUUCCAAUGAAGUUGGGACGUUAUGUAGAACAAAUGAAAAAACUGAAUACGAUGGUUUGCAAAUCCUUUUCAACC